GCCACAUCUUCCUUAUCCCCGCUCAUAGUCUCCUCUGGUCUUCGCUUACGAUAGAUCUCAAGUGGCUCUCAGGUAGCGUGCGUCAAGCAAGGCCACAUCUUCCUCAUCCCCUCUCAUAGUCUCCUCGCAUUUAAAGUCGUUGCGUCAACUCCUUAGUUGUAUGGGCGCAAAAUAAAAAAAAAUCUGAAAAAAUGCCGUCUCUUUCUAACCCCUUCAACCACCGCAUAAAUCCCCCAGUUGCCCUUCUUAUCCCCGUACCAGAUUCUCGUUCUAGGGUUUCGCUCUUCUCAGAUCGCAACACUUCGAGUAGAGUUACUCGAUUUUUUUAUUUUAUGUUGCCUGAUAGCAUAUGGCAUGCCAGUGAGGAAUUCGCGACAGUUAUUUUGAAGUGCGGUUGUCUUUGAGAUAUUUAGACUUGUUCCGGAUAGUGCCCUUACAAUGCUUGGAGUUAAACGUGUUGUACUGGCGGCCGUUCUUUUGAUAUCAUCUUCAUACUUUUUGCAACAUGCUGGAGCAUUGACAACUGACCCGUCAGAAGUCAGAGCACUAACGCUUAUAAAGAACAAUCUGAUUGAUCCAAUGAAGAAGCUUAAUUCUUGGAAUAAUGGAGACCCAUGUACAUCAAAAUGGACAGGGAUAUUUUGCACUGCUGUACAAAAUGAUGGAUACUUGCAUAUACAGGAAAUACUGCUAUUGAAUUCAAAUUUGUCAGGAAUUUUGAUUCCUCAGUUUGGCCUUCUAUCUCAUCUGAAAAUACUGGAUUUUAUGUGGAAUAAUAUAAGUGGAAGUAUCCCACGGGAGAUUGGAAACAUUACUUCCUUAAAACUUGUGCUCUUGAAUGGUAACCAGCUAUCUGGUUCUUUACCUGAUGAAAUUGGGAACCUUAUCAACUUAGAUAGACUCCAAAUUGACCAGAAUCAUAUAUCAGGGGCCAUUCCCAAAUCAUUUUCCAACUUGAGCAAAGUGAAGCAUCUACAUAUGAACAAUAACUCAAUUAGUGGGCAACUUCCACCUGAGUUAUCCAGGCUGCCAAGGCUCCUCCACCUCCUAGUGGAUAACAACAACUUGUCGGGGCAUCUUCCUCCUGAAUUUUCCAGUAUGCCUACUUUGAAAAUUCUUCAACUUGAUAAUAAUAAUUUCAGUGGUAAUAUCAUCCCAGCUUCUUAUGGGAAUUUGUCUACACUUCGAAAGUUGAGUCUUAGGAACUGCAGCUUGCAAGGAGUUAUCCCUAAUUUUAGUGGUAUACCUGAACUUACCUACCUAGAUCUUAGCUGGAAUCACUUGAAGGGGUCCAUACCAUCCAAUAGACUUUCCACAAAUAUUACUACCAUUGACCUGUCGAGGAACUCUCUUGAUGGUUUCAUUCCUUCAAGCUUCACAGGCCUUCCUAAGCUUCAGAGAUUGUCCCUUGGAAACAAUUUCCUAAUUGGCUCUGUUCCAAAUAUAUGGCAGAAUUUGACGUUCAGUUGGAAUGAAUCUUUGAUCUUGGAUUUCCAGAACAAUUCACUUUCAAAUAUCACAACUGCUUUUAAUCCAGCAAAUGUUACUAUUUUGGUGUAUGGUAAUCCUCUAUGCAAUAAUGCAAACCAAAUGAACUUGUUGGACUCCUGUCAACCUCAGAUAAUAAACCCAGCAUCAGGAAGUGUGACCAACUCCGAAAUAAGUUGUUCGCCUUGUCCUACAGAUCAGGACUAUGAGUAUAAUCCUUUGUCUCCUAUACCUUGUCUAUGUGCUGUUCCACUUGGAGUUGGAUUGCGGUUGAAAAGUCCAUCAAUCUCGGAUUUUCGUCCUUAUAUUGAUGAUUUUAGAGUUGACAUGACCUCUCUUCUGGACUUGCAUCAUUAUCAGUUGUAUUUUAGUUUAUAUACCUGGGAAAAAGGUCCAAGGUUGAGAAUGUACUUGAAGUUAUAUCCAAGUAAUACUAGUUUAUUUAAUGCAAGUGAGGUUCUGCGGCUCCAGCAGAAGUUUACUGGAUGGGAGAUUACACUUUCAGAUACUUUUGGACCAUAUGAACUCCUCAACUUCACAUUGGGUUCUUAUGUGAAUGAAAUCCCAGGGGCUACGGCAUCUUGGUUGAGCAAAGGCGCCUUUGCUGGCAUCUUGUUAGGUUCACUUGCUGGUGCAUUUAUUUUGUCUGCGACAGCUAUAGGUGUUAUCAUGAGAAAGCGUUCCAGAUAUCGUGCACUUUCAAAGCAGUCAGUGUCAAAAAUCUCAAUCAAAGUUGAUGACGUGAAAUGCUUUAAACUUGAAGAAAUGGCAUCAGCUACAAAGAAUUUCUGUAAUUCAAUGGAAGUUGGUCGUGGAGGCUACGGUAAGGUAUAUAAAGGAAUUUUGGCUGAUGGAACACUUGUAGCCAUAAAGCGUGCUCAAGUAGGAUCACACCAAGGCUCAAAAGAGUUUUUGACAGAAAUUGUGUUGCUUUCAAGGUUACAUCAUAGGAAUCUUGUUUCUUUAGUUGGAUAUUGUGAUGAAGAUGAUGAACAGAUGCUGGUCUACGAGUUUAUGCAAAAUGGUACUUUGCGUGAUCACCUCUCUUCUAAAGCAAAAGAACCUCCCAGUUUUUCAAUGAAGUUGCGCAUUGCAUUGGAAACUUCUAGGGGUAUUCUUUAUCUACAUACUGAAGCAGAUCCUCCUAUAUUUCACCGUGAUAUCAAAGCGGGCAACAUAUUGUUGGACACAAAAUUUGUUGCUAAAGUUGCUGAUUUUGGGCUUUCACGGCUUGCGCCGGUAGAAAAUGUGGAAGGAAUUGUACCUGCUCAUGUUUCAACAGUGGUGAAAGGAACACCGGGUUAUCUAGAUCCAGAAUACUUCCUAACCCACAAACUGACAGACAAAAGCGAUGUCUAUAGCCUUGGUGUUGUGUUUCUUGAAUUAUUAACAGGGAUGCUACCUAUAUGGCAUGGCAAAAACAUUGUUCGAGAGAUGUUGCCAGGACCAAACAGAUGAGAGGCCAUCAAUGCCAGAGGUAGUGAGGGAGCUGGAGAGCAUAUGGAGUUUGAUGCUUGAAAUUGAUAGCAUGUCUAUAGUGUCCAUGGAGACGGAACCUUCUACGAUGGAGAGACAAUCUUCAUCGUCAUCUUUGA